UGGGGCUGGGCGCCGGCCUUGCUCGGUGUGCCAUGGAGCUGCGGAUCCUGGAGCACCGCGUGCGGGUCCUGAGCCUCGCCCGCAGCGGCCUCUGGCUUUACACGCACCCGCUGCUCAAGAUGCUGCUCCUGCCCCAGCGCAGCAGGUGCAGAUUCUUCAGCUUAACAGAAACUCCUGAAGACUACACCAUCAUGUUGGAUGAAGAAGGGUUCAAAGAGCUGCACCCUUCUGAGUUCCUGCAAGUUGUUGAUUCCACAUGGCUAGUGCUCAACGUCUCGUCCAAUGGCAGCGCCUCCAUCAACAACCAGCCUAUUGGAGUCACCAAGAUUGCGAAGUCUGUUAUUGAACCUCUGGCGGAACACAACGUCUCAGUCUUAAUGUUGUCCACCUAUCAGACUGAUUUUAUUUUGGUACGGGAGAAGGAUCUGCCUGUGGUCAUCCACACCCUGGCAAGUGAAUUCGAAAUUUAUAAGGAGGUGAAUGGCGAACCGGUCCCUGCAAACUGUGAAGACAUAAGCAAUGGAUUCCACAAGCCGAAGCAAGGGUUCAGUGCUACUGUCCAUCCGAUACAGACUCCUCAGAACAGAUUCUGCAUUCUCAGCAUCGCCCCCGAAACCUUGCCUGCCAUUGCCACAAUACUCAUCGAUGUCCUUUUCUACUCAUCCAGCCCCCCAAAGGAAGCAGCGGCUAACAACCAGGACUCCAUCACGUUCUUUGCCUUCUCACUGAUUGAGGGUUACAUCUCCAUCGUCAUGGAUGCAGAGACCAAAAAAAAGUUCCCUAGUGACCUGCUGCUGACCAGUUCCUCAGGAGAGCUCUGGAGGAUGAUGAAUGUGGGAUCGUGGCCCAGAUUGCUGAACCACUGGCCAAUGCAGACAUAUCUGCCUAUUACAUCAGCACCUUCAACUUUGACCAUGCCUUGGUCCCAGAAGAAGGCAUUGACAACGUCAUUGAAGUGCUCCAGAAACGGCAGGAGGCUGGGAGAUAAUCACCUGGGCUCUGUUGGUCUUGGAUGUGGUUUCAGAAGGCAAGCUGACGGAUCUCGUCCCAGCCAUACUCCCUACGGAUGUUCCUGGAAUAUGAGAGAGAGAGCCUUGCUCAUGGAGCACACCCCAAUAUUUUCAGCCUGGGGGACCAUCCAUGUCUCCCAGGAGAGAGAAGCAUGCGCCUUGUUGCCUUAACUCUCACCAACAGGGUGGAGUUGUCUGGGCAGAUUUCAGUAUUACUGCUGCUCCUUCUGGCUUCUCAGCCAUCUUUGUGGUCCUUGAUUUUCUGCUGUCUCUGGAGACUGGCAGAGGAAUUCCGAUACGUGAUGACUUCUUGGUCAGGAGGGAGAGGCGUCUCUCUUUCUCCCUCUGUUUUAUUUUGCACAUACUCUGAGGUUUCUAAAGGCGUCCUUGGGGGCAGAUGUCACUUAUUGAAUUGCACUCUGUGCCCUGCAGUGAAAGGACAUCGUUCUCCAGAGACGAUGUUCUCCAGAUGAAGGAGGGACUUAGAGAGGUGGUAGCCCCAAAGUAUCUGGACAAAAACAGCCCUGGCUUUAGACUUGGUUUUCCUUUUCGGUGCACAAUGCUAAGAGCAGAAAACACUGGAUUUCUUUUUAAAUUGGAUAUGGGGAUGGCUGGAGGAGUGACCGGAAGGAGGAGAGCUGAUUGGACCUCUGUGUCCUUUGAGAAGUUUCUUUUGUUCUGUGGCUGCUAAAAGAAAAAAAAAAAUAGCUUUUUGGUGCUCAUCCCUUCCUCCUGGUGUCAUGCCAUCUUGGGACAGUAUUAGAUUCUGCAUUAAUGGAUCUGAAGCAUUAGUUGUCAAAUAUUUUUGGAGCUGGGCUAGAGAGAGAGGUGUGGGUCACAGAAGCUCCCUCUCUUUCAGCUUUUUGAGGCCUUAAUGCCUUAGAGUGCCUUCUUGUUGUUAAGCUUUUUAAAAAAACAAAUUAUCAUGCAAGCUAUUGCCUUAGCCCCUAGGGGCCUCUGGUACAAACCACAAUGACCUGAAAAAUGACGGAACGCAUGUCACCUUAUGAUGCAAACUGGCCUUUUGUAGAAGUGUCCUGAUGUUGGAGGCAAGUGCACAAGUUCCAUGCUUUGCACCAGGAUGUUGCGACACGCAGGGUGUCGUGUGUCUCCACCCCUUGCAGGCGUCUUGUUAGCUCUUCUUUGGGACCAGCGAGAAGAUCUAGCUUAGGUGUCUUCCGCCUAAAACUCCUGUGGCUUAAAGAGAAGAAGUGUGGUUGUGUAGCAGGCCUGGUGUUGCUGUUUCUCCUCUUUCUCAGCCAGUCAGAUGACCACAAGUCUGCCCACUCCAUGGGUGGGGCCCAAGCCCUGUGAUUGUAAUCUUGUGUUGAAGAGAAGGGUUGGUCUUUCCUUCUCAAAUGCACUGAUAGAAGGUGACCUCUGUAGGUGACCUGCCACUGCUCCAGGCAGUCUGAUGGAGGUUUUACUCCACCUCUACCUGCCCAGGGUUUCACACACUUCGGGUUUGCUAGAAGGUUUAAAAUGGGAGCUUUCUGCAAGAGAUAUGUUGAAAGGCAUCAGCUAAGGUAGACCAUAGGCUGUCCGCACUGCUGUCAGACACCUUUAAUAAAAGAGAGGAAACUGGGAACAACGGGCUGGCCUGAAACACGUAUGUACGGAGUUGCUCAGGAAAGUGACGGACGACGCACCCUUCACAGGGGUGGCUUGUGGCUACCAUGAUGUUAUUUUUGGUUGUUGGUGCUAAACUAAGCUAAGAAGCUGAGCUUCUCUACACUCCUCAAAAGGAAACCUAUCUGGAGCUGUGGCUAAGAUUCAGAUUCCUUUAUAUGGGUUUUUUUU